UGUCGUUUAUUCCUCUGCUUGCAUGAUUAUGAUUAUGUUUGAGCGCCGUGAAAGUUAAAGUAGUUUGUUAGCUUAAUGCUAAAGUUAGCGUUAGCUCAAAGCACUGACAGUUGCUGACUUCAGAAUACAGCAGAUAAUGAAAGCUAGCUAGCUAGGUUAGCCUGAUCAAACUAAUGCUUGGUCAGCGUCUAAUUACUGCCGUGGUUGAUACUCUGGCUUCUGCAUUGGUAUAGAUGAAACGUGUUUUCCCGGUAAAUUCAAAGGUGAGUGCAAGAAAGGAUGACGAUGCCGCAUGUGGGGGCUGUAUUUGCAACGGUAGCCGGGGUGAUGGCCAUCCUUUUGCACUCCUCUAUUCACAAGAUAGAGGAAGGUCACCUUGCUGUUUACUACAGAGGUGGCGCGUUACUGACCUCUCCCAAUGGCCCGGGCUAUCACAUUAUGCUGCCUUUCAUUACCACAUACAGAGCAGUGCAGACUACGCUUCAAACCGAUGAGAUCAAGAAUGUGCCUUGUGGAACAAGUGGAGGUGUGAUGAUUUAUUUCGACAGGAUAGAAGUCGUUAAUAUGUUGGUUCCUUCAGCAGUUGUUGAUACUGUGAGGAACUACACUGCUGACUAUGACAAAACUCUAAUUUUCAACAAGAUCCACCAUGAACUAAACCAGUUCUGCAGCGUCCAUACUCUGCAAGAGGUCUACAUCGAGCUGUUUGAUAUUAUAGAUGAGAAUCUAAAAACUGCAUUACAGAAGGAUCUUAAUGCCAUGGCACCUGGACUAACAAUACAGGCAGUACGUGUAACCAAACCAAAGAUCCCAGAGGCUAUAAGGAGGAACUUUGAACUAAUGGAGGCUGAGAAGACCCGUCUGUUAAUAACAGCUCAAACUCAAAAAGUGGUAGAGAAGGAAGCAGAGACUGAAAGAAAGAAAGCCAUUAUUGAGGCUCAGAAAGUGGCUCAAGUAGCAGAGAUCCAUUUCAGACAGAAAGUCAUGGAGAAAGAGACGGAGAAAAAGAUCUCUGAAAUAGAAGACGCGGCUUUCCUGGCGAGGGAGAAGGCAAAGGCUGAUGCAGAAUAUUACACUGCUGCCAAGUCUGCAGAAGCAAACAGGCUGAAAUUAACACCAGAGUACUUGGAGCUCAUGAAGUACCAGGCCAUAGCGGCCAACAGUAAGAUCUACUUUGGCCAGGACAUUCCUAACAUGUUCAUGGAAGGACAUAAUGGCGCUGCUAAACCUGUGCCCUCACCGAAAUUACCCAGAGCUGAGCAAGAGCUGCCUAAAGUGAAGCAGAGUUCACAGUGAGUUCACAGCUGAGCCUCUGCCCAGGACAAGACAAGCUGAUGGAAGCUGUCUUAUCACUGGACCUUUGCCGCAUGUUUGGUGAACAACACACUUUGGUCUUAAAUUGACGUUGGCAAAUAUAGAGUUGGAGAGGGAGAAGGUGCGAGUUAGAAUACACAGGAGCAUUUUUAAAGGAAGAACAAUGCCGUCUUGAUGCCUGAGAAGGUGACGGAGUAGUCGCCGCAACUUAUACCUGCUUUUUGUUCCCCUUUUAUUAGAGCAUUUUAAUUUGCUUUUGGCGCUGUUUUGUGCAACAACUUUGAUUUGUGAUCGGUAUGAGUUACUGAUUUUCCAACUCCUGGUAUGGCUACACUGAAAUCUGACUGGUGACACUAAUUAAAAGUUGACUGGAGAAGGUUUAUGAGUGAGUUAAGACAUCUGUGCCAUCUUUUUCUGUCCUCUCUUAAUCCAAGCCUGAGAACUAAUUAAUUAACGCAUCAAGUCAAAUGCUGCUAGUGGUUAAGUUUAGGCAUUAAGCAUUACAUAUUCAGUUAAAUAUAAAAAACUCCAGGUGUUUUGGAUCCCUCCUUCAUCUUCUAUUGACUAAAAUCUUACAUAUUUGGAGGAGAGUAGUGGGUACAUAUCAGAUUGUUGAUUGUUUAUUUUCUCUCUUUUUUUUUUUUUUUCUUUGGUGAUUUUUCUGUUGGUUUGCUGAAAUUUCUGUGACAUCUACUGUGAAGACAAUUGAGGAAAAAGGGAUGCAAGUCGUCUUAGAAAACUAAACAAAAAUGCUUAACAGCGAUUUAAUCAGUAGUCGUAUGGAAAUAUGUCAGCAUGCUUCUUGCUUUGUUUGGUUUUGAUUAACAGGGCUAUGCAUGUUCAUUGUUUUUUCCUUCUUGAUUUAGAUGAUUAUUAGAACCCACUAUUGUCUCCUUAGACAACUUGUUCAGAAAUAAUUAAAUGUAAAUGCUCAGGAAGUUUAUUUUAUUCUAAUAAGACGGUGUCUGGUUUAUCAAGCGAUGCUAUACUUUUGUCAGUUAAACCCCCCAAAAAAACUAUUUAAUAAAAACAUUGUUUUCAACCACAAUAAAACACUGAUAUUAAUGAAAGCAACAUUUUCUCAUCCAUUCAACUCAGAAGGUUUAUGUGACAAUAUCCUGAUAAGGGUUUAAGGUUAAAAUAAUUACAAAUUACCUUCAAGUUUGUCUUUGUUUUACAGAUUUAUUGUAGAAAUUGACUGGAAUUUUCUAAAAACUGUAAUUUUUAUGUUUUUUAGAGUUUAAUGGCGACACACAGCUCUAGGUUCCAGGGAUAAUAUAAGGUUGUGUGCAAAAUAACAGCAGUGUUUAAAACCUUUAGUAAAGCUCAACAUUUCUAUAAAUUAUAAGCAAUGGAAAUUCAAGCUAACAGCUAAACAUGAGAGAAAAAUUACUUUGGGAAGUAAGGAAAAGGGGAAAAUUAUGCUCAAAAAUCUAAAGUAUGGAUAUAUAUUUUAAUGACUGUCCUAAAAAAACCGACUCACGUUUGUAGUUUGGAGUCAACCAACUUCAAGCCCAGGACUGCUGCUAUGAACACGGCCCUUUCAAUUAAAGAUUCAGUUACAUACGGUAAGUUAGAUUUAAGACAUGACUGUUGGUUUUCUAUUACUUUGCUUCACCAACCAGUGAAUUAUUUAUUUUUUAGAAAUAGAACAUCUAUCCAAAACUGUGAUGUUACCCUGCUGUUGUUUUGAACACAACCAAAAGUUUAAGUUCCUUUUUAUUUGAACUGCAACACAGAAACAAGCUGUUUUUAAAAGGAUAAGUCGGUGCUAGUUUUUUUUUUCAUUGGUUUCAAGACAUUUGAUCUUUUUUUAAGUUUAUUUAGCUUUAAAGUAACUUUAGUAUUCAGAAGUCAAGCCUUAAAUGUCUAAAGGGUUUACCCCCAACAUGUACACUUACAGACUGAAACAUUCAGUGACUCCUACAAUCUAAAAAGCACCGACUGGAUUCUAGUCAGCUGAAGACACAGCUGGCAGCGGACACUACUUGUGCUUGUUUACUCUGCCUCUACGUGACAGACGCUGCAUUGCUUUGGUGACGGGUUCAACUGUUGAAUCUAAAGGAGGGGUAUGAUUUAUGUAUGAAUUUCUUUUUGUUGUUAAUAUUUUGUACAAUCUGUGAAAUUAAAACAUUGUCUUAUUGUUUUACAAAGUUUAUAUGCAAACAUGUUUUCCAGUUUUGACAAUGUUUUUAU